CAGUGCCCUAGCAGUUCGGGUUCCGCCCCCGCCAGGAGCUGGGCCAGAAGAUGGCGGCGGCCGCGGAGCUGAAGCUGCUGGAGAAGUCUCUGGGACUGAGGCCGGGGAAUAAGUACAGCGCUCAGGGCGAGCGACAGGUUCCAGUUCUGCAAACAAACAAUGGUCCCAGUCUAAUGGGAUUGGCUACCAUCGCGACCCAUCUAGUCAAGCUAGCCAAUAAAGAACACUUGCUGGGGAGCACCCCAGAAGAGAAGGCAAUCGUUCAGCAGUGGUUAGAGUACAGGGUCACCCGAGUGGAUGGACACUGCAGCAAAGAAGACACCCACACUCUGCUGAAGGAUCUUAAUUCCUACCUUGAAGACAAAGUCUACCUUGCGGGAUUUAACUUUACAUUGGCAGAUAUCCUUCUGUACUACGGGCUCCAUUGCUUUAUAGCUGACCUGACGGUUCAGGAAAAGGAGAGCUAUCUGAAAGUGUCCCGCUGGUUCUGUCACAUCCAGCACUACCCCGACAUCAGGCAACACCUGUCCAGAGUUGUCUUCAUCAAGAACAGACUGUAUGCUAACUCCCACUAGAAGCCCCUGCUGUGCAGCAGCAAGAUUGGACAAGUAAUGGAAAGUGUAUUUUGGACCAUGGUACUAAUGUAAAUUAACAUGACGUCGUUUCUUUGUUAAUGUUGGUAGAAGUUUUAAAGUGUAAGUUCGUCUGAAUGUUUUAUUUGUCCCUUAGUUGAAGCUUUGCAAUUUUUUAAUGUAAAAAUUCAACUCUUAAUCAAACAAAUCACGAUUGGAUUACAAAUUAUCUCGUAUUUAUAGGUUAAAUUUAUUAAUAAAAUUUGGAGAUCAGUGGCUCAAUCUUAAAAAAAAAAUAGUCACCCUGUCAGUGUUUCACAUCUGGCUUUUUCAUGUUUUUAAAAUUCAUUUUCUUCUUAGAUAUUUAUAGUAGUUUAUUAAAACUUAUGAUAAAUUAUGCUAAGGAUUCAGAAAGGGAAGAUGGAUAUUUGUUCUCAAAAUAUUUAUGUGAGCUAGUAAAUGUGAGUUUAAAAAUCAGCUCUGCUUGUUUCUUUCUUUCCUGUAAUCAGCAUUUACUGAGGUGACACUAACUUCUGAGCCCCCACCAAGAGGUUAGUUAAGGGCCUUCCUUUAAGCUAAUGACUUCCUCUUGUCGGGCAUCUUGAAAGACAAUGUGACUUAGGAAACUGGGCAUCAACCAUCUCAUCACGUGACAGAAAGCCAGCCAGCACUCUCAGAGUCUGCCACUGCAACACUGAAGAGCAGGGACCCUGGGACACUGUUAAUCACGGCUCUCUUGAUUCUGUAGCUCUCACCAGUGUGAUAAUCGUGGGUUAUUGAGAGUUAAAGAGCCUGUCUGUCCAAAUAAGAGAAAACAGAGUUGGGCAUUUCAUGACCUUGCAUGUUCAUAACCCAGCUGUGGUCAUUAAGGAUCACAGAUUCCAGGGCAGCCUAGACUAUACAGGGAAAUGUUGGCUUAAAGAAAACAAUGGAAGGCUAGGGUAUAACUUAGUGGUGGGUGCUUGCGGAGCACCCCUAGUCCUGUGUUCAGCCCCCAGAGACAGAAGGAGGGAGAACCUAGGUAGUACUAUCCAAAGUUCUAGGGAAAGAGUAAGAAAUUUGAAAAUACUCAGCACCGGUUGAAUCUUAGUGUUACUGCUAGCUAAGCAUGAGAUUCUAAGCAAAGCAAAAUCCCUGCUUCUAAACAUUACUACAGUGGAAAUCACAAUCUUUCAACACUUGUGCUUUUGGGGACAUCUUAGCUCCAAAACAUGAGUGUUCAGUAAAAUAAAUGUACUUACAACGUCAAAGAGCAAAUGAAAUGGUUGCACACUGUAGCAAUCGUAUGACAAGGAUGUAGCUCAGUAGAGAAAUGGUGUCAGUCCGAAUUAGACCACUCUCGCCCUGUAGUAGUGAUGAGACACUGGUUAAAUCCAUGCAGCUGAUGAAAUUCCUGGAGUAGAGGUCGGAGUCACUGAUCUUGUCUCACUUGGAUGGUAAUCAUAAAAACUGGAAGUCAGUCUCUUCCCACUCCAUCCCUGAGACGCCAGCCUGCUCAGCAUAUGCCUGCAUCUGAGACAGGACCGAAGGUGGCAGUGCUUCAUCUAAUUGUGGAAAAAAUAGUCACGUUAUCGCCUGUAAAAGCCAGUCUCUGUUUCCUUCAAGGUGUUGUAAAGUGUUCCUUAUUGUUUGUUCUUGUGCUUCUGAGGUGUCCAUGAGAUACACCUGAAAUGUGACCGCUCCAGUGUGUGCUGCUCCUUCUGAAAAGUGCGUGUCUCUUUUCCACCAGUUCUGCCUGUGAUGCCCCAAGACCUGCUGCGCUGGCCAUUCAGUGAUUGCCCUAGUGUGUUCUUAGCCCUUGCCAUAGAUAGGGUUCAAGACUUGGGGGAACAUACAACACGUUCUUGCUCUUAGAGAAUCUACACCCGGACUGCCUGUGAACAGGCUCCUGAGGGAGGGCACACAAAGAUUCUUUUGGUAGCU